AUUAUGUGGCCAAAUCAGAGCGUGCACGGAAGUUAUUGUUUGUGGGAAUAGAGGGGGAUUUGUGUGUGUGAGACAAAAUUUAACGCGAGUAGCUAUUUGAGAUCAAUUAAAGCGUUCACGUCCUCGUGCAAAAUUGAGACGUUUUGAAAAUUAAAUCCGAUAAUAUAGCUAGCUAAUUUGCUGAAAUAGCUAAUCAGUGUUGUUGAUAUUCUUCUACUAGCAUAGCUAGCUAGCUAGCUAGCUAGCUAACGUUACUGUCUUGGCUAGCUAGCUAGCUUCUUCAGCUACCAAGCUUCUUCAGCUACCAAGCAGUAUGCCUUCAUACAAAGAAGUGAGAAACAGCAACCGCUUCUAUUAUUUCAUCAAAUUCACCUUAAAUGUCUACUCAAUGCUCUUCUCGCUCCUGGGCCUGUGUGUGUUGUGCGUGGGGGUGUACGCGGAGGUGGAGCGUCAGAAGAACCGUACCCUGGAGGGGGUGUUCCUGGCCCCCGCUGUGGUGCUCAUCCUGCUGGGCCUGGUGAUGUUCACCGUCUCCCUGGUGGGCAUGGUGGGCUCCCUCAGGGACAACAAGACCCUGCUACACAUGUUUUUGUGUGUCCUGUGUGUGCUACUGUUCCUGCAGGCUGUGGCUCUCAUCGUUGCGCUCAUCUUUGAGAAAAAGACAUCAGCCCUGUUCCAGAGCAGUAUACGAGAGGGAAUUAAACACUAUUACGAUGACCUGGACUUCAAAAACAUCCUGGAUUUUGUGCAACAGAAGUUCUCUUGUUGUGGUGGGGACGACUACAAAGACUGGGGUGUCAAUCAAUACCAUUUCUGCAAUGGCACCGGGCCACUGGCCUGUGGCGUCCCUUAUACAUGCUGUGUCCCCCACAAGGUGGGAGAGGUUGUCAACACUCUUUGUGGUUACAAGACUCUCAGCCAACAGCGUGAGCUCCUGGAUGAGGUGAUCCAUGUGCGGGGCUGUAUCCAUGCUGUCAACCUGUGGAUGGGAGACAAUGUGGGAGCAACUAUUGGACUCUGCUGUGCUAUAGGGCUGCCACAGCUGAUGGGCAUCAUGCUGAGCUGUAUGUUCUGGAACCUUCUGGUGGAGAUGAGCGAGUCCAUGGACAUGGUGGACUUCAAGAUCCUCAAGAGGGCUGGCUUCGAGUACAGCGAGCUGGACCUGGCUGGUGCCGGCUGCUGCCUGUGUCUGCCCAGAGACGGAGGCUACCUCCCUCUGCCAGCCUUAGACCCCAUCUUGUCUGACCCUGACCUAAAGCCCAUCCCCAUCCGGGUCCAGCGGCCCCUGCCCGUCCAAGUCCAUAAGCCCCUGGCCCAAUCCCUCCAAGACCUCCAGCUAUCUGGGCUUAGACUGGAUGAGGUAGACAUUGGGCGUAAGCAGAAUAAGCAGAAAAGAAGGGAAUAUUGAUUUGUGAAUUUUCUCAGUUGUUUUGUUGUUGUGUUGGUCACUGUGUUUGUUGAAGGACAGGUUAGACCUGGGGUUCUAUUUGGUGGUCAGACCAAUCAAUGGUCAUUAACUGACAGGUUUACAGGUUAUAUUGGUCACGUUCCUAGUUGACUACAUUGCAGAUGCAUGCCAGAUCUCAAUUCCUGGAUAGGUGUUUAACGUAUCAGCUAACCGCACCAUAUGAUAUAGCAAUCUGAUUCCCGACUGUUCAGUCGAUGAUGUGGCACACAACAGUUGGUUGAUGCGAUGCAUGUAGUUGUCUGGAAAGCGACCAGAGGUAUGGCACUUUGACAAGGCAUUAUUGGCGUUUUUCCUGUUUUUAUAUAUUUUUUAUUUUGAAGUCCAAAUCUUUAAAAGAACAAGAUGCUGCAGUGGCUUUUAGACACCCCUUUAAGUGUGUCGUUUUCAAAACGGAACUUUCAAGUGGAGCUGCCGUCUCUGCAUUAUUUAAAUAUUUCUUAUAAUUUUGUUCCAGCUAUUUUUGGGGGUUUUUGAUUUUGAGCUUUGUCUCAAAUGCUGAAGUUAAAGCAUACCUCAGGCUGUAUUCAAAUGUAGCCCAGUAGUCAGAAGAAGAUUUACGUCAUGUAUAUUUACUAUACAGACUUUAUGAAAUGAUCAGUUUGAGAUGAUCAUUCUAGUCAGAGCAGAGGAAUAGCAAUAGUCAGUCUUGUGUCUUGCGUUGUGUUGCGUGUCUGUGAAGGAUGUGUAGCCUAAUGUUUCUUUUUUUAGUAUGAACUCUUUGAUUCCAUUUGUACCGGUAUGUAUGCUAUGAACUGCCUAUUCAGGAACAACGUGGGAAGCAUGUGUGUUUUGUAUUUUAAUGAAGUUUAAAAAACAAACUGUUUACAGCUCUUUUAGCGUCUCAUCAGGGGUUUUCAGUCUCUUCUCAAACAAUUUCCUCCAUAUUUAUUAUACUUUUAUAAUACAUUAUAAGGGAUAAAACAAAUCCAGUCCAAACAGGGGCGGACUGAGACCAGAAAUCGGCCCUGGCAUUUCUAACACACCUGCCCAUUUUUUUUAGUUGUGGCCCCCACACCAGCCCACUCCCCCCCCCCCCUUUGAGGUCCCCAUUGUUACCCAGAUAAUGAUCAUUUUGCUCAAAAAUAAAAAAGUUACACAGGCCCACUGGGCUAAAAAUGGACCAGCCCAUCUGCUAUUUGCCCAAAUAGCCAGAUGGCCUGUCCGCCCAUGAGUCCAAAUGAUAUCAAUCCAUGUUUAGCUAGGAUCUUUUUUCAUAUCUGAUUUAUUUUAGAUUCAUCUUAGCUCUGGUCUUGUAUAAACACUACUGUCAUUGUUAAUAAAGCCGUUUUGAACUUGA